UUUCUUUACACGAGUGUAUUUUAUUUAUCCCGGCAUGAGCGACGAGUACUACUUGCAAGUUACAAGUUACAACAGGCGCGAUAGCUUUGUGAUAAAAUAAUCAUCAUGCGCGUUAACACGUUCAGAGGCUUGAAUAAAAAAUAAACUUGUGAGCGUUAAAAAUAAUAUCUAUUAUACAAAUCUCGUCCGGCAUAGCCGACACCUCUCUGUCUUUCUUUCUCACACGUUAACUCGACAGACGCGUUUGUAUAUCUAUUUAAAAAAAUGAAAUCGCGACGCGAUCGCGUUGUCGGAAAGUUGUUCACGUGUUGAAAUCACACAGUGACAACUUGUCUGACACGACAUGUCUAACGCGACAAUAGGCGGCAAGAACUUGCUGCGGUCGACCGGCCUGCAGUGCAAGAACCUGCACGAAUACUUGAAGUCCCGCACCCCGGAGACUCUAAACAAGCUCUACCACAAGCCGCCUAUAUGCCUGGCCGUGUUCCGCGAACUGCCUGUCAUCGCCAAGCACUACGUGAUGAGGCUGCUGUUUGUCGAGCAGCCGGUGCCACAGGCGGUCAUAGCGUCCUGGUGCUCCAAGCUCUAUUUCGAGGAGCACCAGAGGGUAGUGCAGAUUCUAAACGAGCUUUACGUGUGGAAGGAGGCGUCGAUACCCGGUGGGUUGCCAGGCUGGCUCCUAAACAACACCUUCAAGAAGAACCUCAAGAUAGUGCUACUGGGUGGUGGGAAACCGUGGACUAUGUCCAAUCAGUUGGAGACUGACAGUAAACCGCGAGAUGUAGCCUUUCUGGAUUCAUAUGCACUGGAGAGGUGGGAGUGCGUCCUACACUACAUGGUUGGUUCCCAGCAGCAGGAGGGCAUAUCAGCUGAUGCUGUAAGAAUUCUUCUACAUGCUGGUUUAAUGAAGAGAGAUGAGGCUGAUGGAAGCCCAGUUAUAACGCAAGCUGGCUUUCAGUUUUUGCUUUUAGACACAGCUUCGCAGGUAUGGUAUUUUAUUCUACAGUAUCUCGAUACAAUUGAGGCACGUGGUCUUGACUUAGUAGAGUGCCUUACUUUCCUGUUUCAACUAAACUUUUCCACCCUCGGUAAAGAUUACAGUACCGAAGGCAUGUCCGAAGGGCUUUUAACCUUUUUACAACAUUUAAGAGAAUUUGGACUUGUAUAUCAACGAAAACGUAAAGCAGGAAGGUUUUAUCCAACUCGAUUAGCGUUAAACAUCGCUACAGGUGAAACUAAACCUUUGACCAGGGAUACAGACAAGGAAGGGUAUAUAGUUGUGGAAACAAAUUAUCGAGUUUACGCCUAUACAAAUUCGAACUUGCAAGUUGCAUUGCUUGGACUUUUCUGCGAAAUGUUAUAUAGAUUUCCAAAUUUAGUUGUAUCAAUAUUAACAAGAGAUUCUGUGAGACAAGCAUUGAAGAGUGGAAUAACUGCUUCUCAGAUAGUAGGCUAUUUACAGCAACAUGCACACAGUAAGAUGAUAGAAGCAGGUCCACCUAUACUGCCACCUACUAUAGUAGAUCAAAUUAAAUUAUGGGAAAAUGAAAGAAAUCGAUUUUCAUUCAGCGAAGGAGUUCUAUACAGUCAAUUUCUUUCGCAAACUGAUUUUGAAGUCCUUAGGGAUCAUGCAGUUUCAACCGGUGUAUUAAUUUGGCAAAAUGAAAGAAAAAGAACCAUGGUAGUCACCAAAACUGGACAUGAUGAUGUAAAAAAGUUUUGGAAACGGUACUCAAAAGGCUCAAGUUAAUAUUCAGUUAAUAAGAUUUAAUUGUAAUCAUUCUAUGUAUAUUUUUUGUUAUGUUUCCUAUGUAAUUACGAAAACUGUUUCAAAGAAGUGCCUAGAAAAACUGGAGAAGCAUUCUUGACGCAGAUUAGAGGAAUGUUUUCUUCUUAAUCGAUGCCAAAGCUUUCUCAGGUCAGACUAGGUUUUGAUAAUGCAAAAAGUGUGAUAUUGAAGUAAUGAAAUAAGUUUUUAGAUA